AUGGCGGCCGAUAUUGGUCAGAUCGCUCAACUUCUUGACGCAACUCUCGAUCCUACAGAGCAUCGUAAAGCUGAGACUGCCCUCAAGCAUGAGGCUACCAAACCGCAGUACUCUCUCAGCCUUCUCAACAUUGUCAACUCCGGCACCCUACCGCCAAAGACUCGACUCGCUGCAGCAUUAGCCUUCAAGAAUUUUAUUCGAACAAACUACGUGGACGAGGAAGGCAACUAUAAGCUACCUCAAAAUGAGGUUCAAGUCAUCAAGGAGCGCCUCAUAGGCCUCAUGAUUUCAUCUCCCUCCAAUAUUCAGGCCCAGCUUGGUGACGCUAUCAGCGUCAUUGCAGACUCUGAUUUCUGGCGACGAUGGGACACCCUUACCCAGGAACUCGUCAGUCGGUUUUCCGCUACUGACCCCAAGGUCAACGUCGGCGUUCUCGAGGUUGCACAUUCGAUCUUUGCCAGAUGGCGACCUCUCUUUCGAACAGACGAACUUUAUAUGGAGAUCAAUCAUGUGAUUGAGACCUUUGGACAAGCUUUCGUUCAACUUCUCGUGACAACCGACAAGAAGAUUGCCGAGAACAAUGACAAGAAGGAAGUGCUGCAUGGCUGGUUCGAGGCCUUGGACCUUCAAAUCAAAAUUCUCCAUGACAUGUCUUGUCAUGAUCUACCUCCUAUCUUUGAGGAGAAUCUCGGCAGCAUCUCUGAGCUCCUUCACAAGUACCUUACCUACUCCAACCCCCUGUUGGAGACUGAUGACGACACCGAGACGAGCAUAGUUGAUACGGUCAAGGCUGAUAUUUGCGAGAUCCUCGAACUCUUCACCGUCAAAUACGAUGAGGAUUUCUCCAAGUACUGUCAGCCUUUCAUUGAGAAAGCGUGGAACCUUUUGUCUUCAACAGGCCCCGAGACCAAGUACGACCUCAUUGUCAGCAAAGCUCUGCAUUUCCUCACCGCUAUUGCGUCGUCUACACAACAUUCAGGAAUCUUCAAUAGUGAGGAUGUUUUGACGCAGAUUGUCGAGAAGGUUAUUCUGCCGAACGUGGCGCUCCGCGAAUCGGAUAUCGAGCUAUUUGAGGACGAGCCUAUUGAAUUCAUUCGCAGGGAUCUGGAGGGGUCUGAUACAGACUCACGUCGUCGAUCUGCUACCGAUUUCCUUCGAAAGCUUCAGGAACGAUUUGAAGCACCUGUGACAACGGUGGUGUCCAAAUAUAUCACUCACUACUUGUCUCAAGGAAGCAGUGAUUGGAAGUCCAAGGAUACUGCUAUCUAUCUCUUCCUGUCUAUUGCUGCUAAGGGUGCGGUAACUGCUGCUCAGGGUGUGAAGACCGUUAACCCCCUUGUCAACGUCGUUGAAUUUUUUGAGCAACACAUUGCCCAAGAUCUUGUUAGCACGCAAGGUAUUGAACCAAUCUCGAAGGUCGACGCCAUCAAGUACCUCUACACUUUCCGAAGUCAGCUGUCCAAGGAGCAGUGGAAAGUGGCUCUAGGCCCUCUGAUCCAGAACUUGAACUCAGAUAACUACGUCGUCUACUCUUAUGCUGCUAUCGCAGUGGAGAGGGUGUUGUUUCUCACCGAUGAUUUAGGCAACCCCAUGUUUCCUCGUGCAGACAUUGAACCCUUCGCCAAGGAUCUUCUCGGCCAUCUUUUCAAGCUCAUUGAAAAGGAAUCAAGCCCCGCCAAGCUACAGGAGAACGAGUUUCUAAUGCGUUGUGUUAUGAGAAUUUUGAUCGUUAUCAAAGACGGAGCUAUUCCUCUGCUGGACAAUGUGUUGACUCAUCUCAUCCUCAUCACCAAUGUUAUGAAGCAAAACCCCAGCAACCCCCGCUUCUACUAUUACCAUUUCGAGGCCAUUGGUGCUCUUGUCCGAUAUUGUGCCCCUAGCAAUGCUGCUCUUUUCAACGAGAAGCUAUGGGGGCCCUUCCACCAAAUCUUGGUCGAGGAUGUCACGGAAUUUAUGCAAUAUGUCUUCCAGAUUCUUGCGCAGCUUCUCGAAUCCAGCCCCUCUGAGACCAUUUCCGAGAAUUACAAGGCCCUGUUAGGUCCUCUCCUAAACCCCACACUUUGGGAGACUCGAGGAAACGUUCCUGCGUGCACACGUCUCUUGUCGGCUGUCAUUCCUCGGGCAUCCCAGGCUAUCCAGGCCGAGGGACAAAUUGCGCCCGUGCUUGGAAUAUUCCAGAAGCUGCUCAGUGGCAAAAAGUCCGAGGUACUUGCCUUUGACAUCUUGGAUUCCAUUGUGAAGAGUUUUGAGCCAGCUGCCCUUAAUGAUUACUUCGGUACAAUUCUCAGGCUACUCUACACGAAGCUUCAAGGAACCCCUGCCGAGUCUCUGAAACUCCGCUUUGUCCGCUUCUACCAUCUUGUAUCUGCUCGUCUUGAGGCUGGCUAUGGAGCAGACUACUUCAUUCAGCAGUCAAACUCAGUAGAGGAUGGUGUUUUCACCAAGGUCUACCCUGUUUUUGUCCUUGGUGAAACAGAGAAACUUGCACGCCCAGUUGAUCGAAAGGUUGCAGUUGUCUCUCUUACCAAGACUCUGUGUGACUCGUCAUCGUUUGCUCGACAGUUCGCGAAGGGCUGGGCCAACAGCUGUCGCAAGCUUCUUUCACUACUUGUUAACCCCCCUACUGUAGCUGCUGGCGCUGGUGAUGAGGUCGUUGCGGAAGCAGAUGUUGAUGACAUUGGCUUCGGCAUGUCCUUCACUGCACUCAACACCUGCAGAGUAUUGGCUAAGGAUGAUUUCCCCGAGGUUCUGGACGUCACCAAGUGGGUAAAGGAGUACAUGGCCAGCGCCAAUCAGCGACAUGGCGGCGCAAUUGAGCGCUUCGUUGGUGAGCGAUUGAGCCCCGAGGAGCAAGAAGCCAUCGCCAAGUAUAUCCGAUAA